CCAGCAGGCCAGUGGGCGCGUGGGCUGGGCGGUAGCCGGGCUAUAUAAGGCACCGCCCCACGCCGCUUGCUCCAGCCUCACCUGGGAGCGGAGCGGUGCGGAGAGUGCGGGCAGCGCUAGGGACAGCGGUAGGCAAAAUGUGUGACAAGCCAGACCUCUCGGAGGUGGAGAAAUUCGACAAGAAGAAGCUGAAGAAAACCAACACGGAGGAGAAGAACACGCUGCCCUCCAAGGAGACUAUUGAGCAGGAGAAGGAAUGUGUGAAGUCUUCCUAGAGUGAGAUGGCCUGGCAGGAAGAGCUACCACUUGAUUUUUUUGUUUUGAAUUAAAUAAUGUGGGGGUUUUUUUAAAUUUAUAUCAUGUACAUAUAUAGAAAAUACCUGCAUCACCUAACCUACUGUCCCACCUUGCUAGCAGCUUUGGCAGGUGGGGGUAACAUAGUGUGCCCCUCUAAAUCCAUCGAUAGCCUGACCCAACCCCAUCUCUGCUGCUCAGCUGACUCCUGUUGACACUGUUCUAGUGCAGUGGGCAGAUGAGCAAGGGCAAUGGAGGUUUCUGGGGACAGAUCCCUUCUGCCUGAGGAGUGGGGAUCCUUUCUGGCCUGGCCCAUGGCCUAGGUCUGUCUCACAUACUAUUCACUGACAGUGUUCUGUAGCCUCACACAGUUGGGUUUUUUUGACUUCCUUGGGAGGGGGAAUGAGAAGUUUAUUAUAAAAUAAAAAAUGUAAUGACCUA